AUGGAGGAAGGAGACAGGCAUUCUGAAAAACGAAAAUCCCAUGGCGCUACACGACAUUGCUGUUAUGGAACAUGCAAUAGUGACAGUAGAUAUUCAGAUCGUGAAUAUAUGGAAGGAGUUUUUUGGGUUCCAUUUCCAAAACCAAAACGAAAACUCGAGAAAUGUCUUCGGUGGUUACGUGCUUGUCGACGAGAAGAUUUCCCAGUGGAAAAGGUUACAAGGUGGACAUAUAUUUGCAGCAAGCAUUUUGUGGGAGAAAAUGGACCGACUAAUAGCCAUCCCGACCCUAUUCCAGCAACAUUUACGCCGAAACAGGUUGAUAAGUUUUCGAGAAAGAGGAAACCACCUACUCCAAGAAGUGCCCCUGUGUCGAAAAAAAUAUUGUUGGAUGUAUCUGAAGCUUUGGUAUCCUUACAAAACCAACCAUUACCUGAAACCUGGACUGUUGAUGACAACACACCAACCAAGAAUAAAAACAUGUGUGAACCAAAUAAAGCUGUACCUGUACCUGUAGAAGACACAAAGACAGUUAUAUACACGGUUACAUCUAUACAUGAAGUUGGAACACAAACAGCUUUCCUUUGCAGUGAUGCACUCUCAAAUAAAAUUGAAAGAAGGCUAAGGAAAAUUGAGGCUUUGCAGCGCAGCAGUCCAAAAAAAGGACACACAAGAAAAAAGUUUGACUAUGACCAUUUGGUCGCAAAUGGCAAACUUUUUAAAUUCUAUACUGGUUAA